AUGGCUCCCACAUGCUCGCUGGCUGCCACGCUGGCGUGCCCACACAGUGGGCAAGGGCCGCACCCAAGCCAAGCGGGCAAAGGGGCCGCACCCAAAACCUACAUCCCUAUGCGCUACCGAACAGAACCUAUAUCCCUAUGCGCUACUGCAACUGGUUUACCCCACAAUUUCCCUGAUAUACUUCGUGCCCUCCGUGAUUAUCAAAUCAAGAUUGUCAAUGGAAGUGGCAAUCAUAUCUCCUCAACUAUUUGCACAAGAGCAACACCUAGAAUCGUUGAAAGCAAUGGAUUUAAUACAGAAGAAUAUCAAACAUGUUUCGAAAGAAAAUAUAGAAAUGAUAUAAAAAGUAUAGAUAUAUCUUCUGACACCCAGUUUUUAAGAGGAUUUCUGUUAGAAACUUCACUUUUUCAAGGUUUUCCAGACCUGAAAAUGAAAAUGCUGGAAUUCAAGGUUUUCCAGGAACUAGACUUGUCUGCAAUAAUGUACGAUAAUGGUGCUAAUGAGGAUCAUGCAAGUGUUUUGGUUAUAUACACUGAAAACUGCAAGGACUAUGGGUCAUUUCUUAUGUCUAGUAAUAGAUCCCAAGCAUGGUGGAAGAUUGUCAACAGGACAGAUUUGUUUAGGAAGACCUGCCAGCAACUAGGAAUAUUCGAGAACGGAAAGACAGACUGUUCUGAGGUGACGUGGUGGAGCCGUGGACAGGUGCCGGCGCCGAGGCUAGCCAUGGGAACGGACAGUUGCUGGCGACCAAGGGCGGUGUCGGCGCUCACUCGCGCACGGACAGGCGACAUGGCGUGGCUGGCACUUCUGUUCCUGAGCUGUGCCCUUCUGACGGGGAGCGACGCGGCCUCCCGGCUGGCGCCCGCCCUCGAGGAACUCACGACGCAGUACUGGGAAUGGAGGAUCCAAGAUGCACCCGAGUACGCUUCUUUCGUGGGCAUUCACGAGCACGACCACCUCCUGGACGACAUGUCUUUGGAGGCCUAUCAGCGGCGCUUCAACCAGUCGCAGGUCUUUUUGGAUAAAGCUGAGGCCUUAGAGGGCGAGCUCACGGAACGAGAGGAUCUGGUCAACCUCAAAAUCCUGAAGAGAGAACUGGAAACCUACAUUACAGGGUUUCCUUUCAAAGGCUUCGUGUUGCCGCUGUGUUACAUGGAGGGAGUCCACACUGACUUCGAGCGGCUCAUCAGCUGGAUGGUCUUCGAGACAACGGAGGACUUCCAGAAGCUCCUCUCUCGCUUCGAAAAGCUCCCGCAGCAGCUGCAGCAGGUUCAGCGGCUGAUGGAUGAAGGCGUGGCCACCGGCAUAGUCAACCACGCCAUCUCCAUGAAAGGCGUGGCUGAGAGCCUGGGGAGGUUCGUGGUGUCCCAGGCCGAGGACUCGCCGCUGUGGGAAAGAUUCACAACCUUCCCCGACUCCUUCACGCAAGAGGAGAUCACAGCGUUGCAAGAUCAGGCGAGGCAGCUUAUUCUGAAUGAGAUUUCUCCCGCCUUCAAAGUCCUGCAAGACUACGUGCAGAACGAGUACACGACCAGACCAGAGAUCGCCGUCACCAGCCUCCCCGACGGCGAGGACCGCUACGCUCAGCUGCUCAGAUUCCACACCUCAACCAGUCUGACAGCAAUUGAAAUUCAUCAGUUGGGUCUAGACGAAGUCACUCGCAUCGAGGGAGAGAUGGCCAAAAUCGUCGAGGAGCUGGGAUACGACAUGACGGUCCCUGAGUUCUCUGCAAUGAUUAGGAAUGACUCCCGCUUUUACUACGACAAUGCAGACGACCUUCUGGCGGGGUUCCAGGACCUUGCAUAUAACGUGAUUCCUCCAAAGAUUCCCGAACUCUUUACAAACAUACCCACAUCUGAGUUACAGGUGGUGGCUGAUCCAUCCCCUGACGGUGUGGGAGCCUACUACCUGGCUGGAGCUUAUGAUGGAUCCCGGCCGGGCAUCUUCUACGUCAAUACUUACCACUACGAUGCUCAACCCAAGUACGAGAUGAUGACGCUGUCUCUGCACGAGGGCAACCCCGGCCACCACCUGCAGGGCUCGCAUAGCAUCGAGUCCAUGAACAUGCCCUUCUUCAGGCGGGCAAUGGAGGACCGCAACUACUUCCAGGCGCCGUCGAGGUUCCCCAUGAACACCGCCUUCACCGAGGGAUGGGGACUCUAUUCCGAAAGUCUUGGCUUUGACCUCGACCUCUUCGGAGACCCAUAUGACAGGUACGGCCAUUACUCGGACGAAAUCUUCCGCGCGUGUCGCCUGGUGGUGGACACAGGCAUGCACGACGGGCGCCUGGGGUGGACACGCCAGGAGGCUAUCGACUUCAUGUUUAACCACACAGCCAUGGCGCUCGUUGAUGUUGAGAAUGAGAUCGACAGGUACAUCACGUGGCCGGGCCAGGCCGUGUCCUACAAAGUCGGCCAGCUCAAGAUCUCCGAGCUGAAGGCCAAGGCAUCGAGUGAGCUCGGCAGUGCUUUCGACGUCAAGAAGUUCCAUGACAUCGUGCUCGAGUCUGUCGGGCCACUCGACGUCGUCGAGGAGGAGAUCGACGCCUGGAUCGCGGCCGGCGGGGGGCCAUAGAAGCCAAGAAAAAAACGAAGGCGAAGGCGCGCAAAGGCAACCAUGUUCUUUUACAGAUAGUAAAGAGAAAAGCAAGA